UCAGGAAGUGUUGAGGUUUAUGGGUUUUCCGUGUAUCCUGGACGUUUAGAAGAUAUUCCAUGCAUGCUACGGGCGACCAAAUGGAGCAAUAGGUCAAGUUUAUUAGAUCUUCUUACGCAUGCGCCACUCCUGAGUCAAUCGAACACCUCCAUGUCCCACCGUCAAACGGGGCAUAAAGCUCAGCAAUCCUCUGUAGUGAUGGGACAGUAAUGAACUGUCAAUGACAGUCGUGUAACCCAGACUUAACUCAUGUGGAUGUCUCGAUCGUUCGUUCUAGUCGGUGUUAGGUUGAUGCCUCGGAAAAACCUCCACGCCACUUGGCGGAAUUAAGGGAAGUAGCAAAAGAAAUAAAAUCAUGUUUGAGAAUUUCAGAGAGAAACUGCAGACGGUGCAGCAGGAUUUCACAACAGGGAUCAAGACCCUGGGUGAGAAAUCCAAGGAGGCCAAAGUAAAAAAGAAGCAAAGAAGAGAGGACCACCUUCCUCAAUAUUCAGCUGGAGUGGAAUUACUCAGUCGGUAUGAAGACACUUGGGAGACGCUUCAUAAAAGUGCAAAAGAAUGCGCCAAAGCUGGAGAGGCAGCAGACGGGGAGGUGGUCAUGCUGUCGGCCCACUGGGAGAAGAGGCGCUCCGGGUUGGUGGACCUUGAGGAGCAGCUCCAGCAGGUCCCGGCCUUCCUCAGCGACCUGGAGACCGUCACGUCCCGCAUCGCUCAAAUGGAAGCUGACUUUGAGGAGAUGGAGAGCCGUCUGAUGUACCUGGAGAAUCUGUGUGCCCAAUGCGAACAGCAGCGCUUUAAGCACUUUCAGAACCUUCAGCUGGAGAACUAUAAGAAGAAAAAAAGGAAAGAACUGGAGUCCCUCAAAGCGGAGCUGCAUUCUGAGCAUGCCCAGAAGGUGCUGGACAUGGAGCAUGCCCAGCAGGCGAAGCUGAAGGAGCGUCAGAAGUUCUUCGAGGAGGCGUUCCAGCAGGACAUGGAGCAGUAUCUCUCCACAGGCUACCUCCAGAUCGCCGAUCGGAGAGAGCCAUUAGGAAGCAUGUCCUCCAUGGAGGUGAACGUGGACAUGCUGGAGCAGAUGGACCUGACGGACGUCUCUGACCACGAGGCCCUGGAUGUCUUCUUGAACUCGAGCGGGGAGGACAACAGCGCCGCCUCACCGGUCUCAGGUCCGGAGCAGGACUCCUUGUCCAGCGCUGAAGCUGAGAUCUCCCUGAAGGUGCCCACUCGGGUGGAACUGGGCCAUGGCCUCCCCUCUGCCUCCACGGCAUCGACCCGCAGCGAGUCGGCCAGCCUGGAGACGGAAGGGCCCGACGAGGAGGAUGAGGAGGAGGAAGAGGAGACCAGCCUGGGGGACGCGCCGGUGGUGGCGUCCGACGAGGAGGACGUGCAGCCAGACACAGUGCUGACCGUCCUCCCUGAGCCUGACGAGCCGCCCAGGAUCUCGGACGACAGCGACUCGCUGACCCCGUGACCCCGUGGGUGAGCACCACGGCGGGAGGCAAAACGAGACGAAAAGCGAUCAAAGCAGAGACUGCAGAGAGAUUUCGCUCAGACUCUUAAAACACUGGACACUUUCCUUUCCUUCCAGAAAUGUUGCCCGUGUGCAGACUGACAAUACUGUGUGUGUUCAGGAGCAGCACUUCCUGUCUGGGAUGCUCCUGUUUGUUUGUUUGUUUGUUUGUUCUGCUUUUUCCAGCAAAUCAAUGUAGAUCAUAUAUUCUACAAUUUUUCUCAGUAUUACAUGGGAAUGAUCUCCCCCCUAUCCCCAACAGAGGUGUAUCUAGAACAAAUAAAAGUGUUUUUUUUUUUCAUUCUUGCUAUUAACACAA